GACACGCAGGGGUGACUGUACCAUCAGUACUGACUUCUCUUCUGGGCAGAUACGUGCUACGCGUCUCGCUCCACAUAGUCUUCGCUAUGAAGCCUGUGUUUCGCUGCUCCAGAGGAAGAAUAAUAGUGUUUAUGUAAAUAUAUAUAUGAGUGUUUUGAAGGGGCAUCGCUGUCAACACAUUGGACCGUGAGUAGUGAUAUUACAUGUGUGCGACAUACUGGCUCCACUGAUGUGUUGGCUACUGCUAUGUGAACUCUGUCGUGUUAUUUCGUCUAUAACUGUAUUGAAAUGUUCAACAGUGUUCAUUUGAUGCUGCUUUUUUAAACGAGCGUUCUUAUCUCAGUGAGGCACAGUUGUGUUUCAACGAUCGUCAGUGAAAACAAUAGAGCUAAGUGAAAAAAAUUGAAUAUGAAUCACGAUCUUUUUACACAUUUAUAGAUCUGAGGAUUUUAUCUGAGAAGUAACAUCUAACACCUACAAAAUGAGCAAGAUUACCGACUGUGCCACAAGGGAACAUGGUCUGACAGACUAUGACUGUCGCUUCUUCAAGUUAUACAAAGUUCUGUUCUCUGAGGGACGUGAAGCUCUGUACUGGGUUUUUAAAUGGGGACGCAGUAAUGUUGAGAACUUUUUAUGUUUAAUUAAGGAUAAACAAGUGAAAGCAAAAAUUGAAAGUGAUCUUCCAGAAAAAGAUUAUGAUAUUACUUUACUGUAUGCUUGUAUUGAUAAAAUUACUGAUAGUGAUUCACUAUCUGAACGCCAAAAAACAAAGGAUCUAAAAGAGACUUGCAGACUCAUCAAAAACUACAGGAACAAUUUUGUUCAUUCCCCGCCUUCCAUUGAUGACGAUUCCAUAAUGAAAAGUAUACUGAAAGAACUACAAGCUUUGCUAGAGAAGGCUUUACAACUUGGAGGGAGCUGCUUCACGCAAGACGAUCCAGAGGUCACACUUAGAAUUCACAAUAUGAAUAACAACAUUACUAAAAUAAUGGAUACACCUUUAGAUGCUAAAACAAUUGAGCAGUACAAAAGAGAUUUAGAAAAGCUCAGGAAUGAACAAAAGAUGAUAGUACUUGACGAUGGACAAAGCGAGCUUUUCUCUAAAUAUAAGGGUAUGUCUAAAAUCGACCCAGCAUCAUUCAUUUCUGGCAAAGAGAGGUUUCAAGUAGCAGACGUGUUUACUCGACUUGAAAUAACCCAGAGUGAGGGUAACAAUCCAAAUGAGAAUGUGACUUAUGACUCGCUACUGAAUCUAACAACAGAAGAUGGAAGCAAGCCAAUAAUUACAGUGGUGGAGGGCGAGGCUGGUGCGGGUAAAACAACCUUGGCAAAGCUGAUUCUAUAUAAUUGGAUGAGUCAGAAUGCUUUUGGGAUUUCGUCCACCUUCCAAGGGCUCCAGGCUUAUGAUCUGGUCCUUUAUGCCGAGGCCAGAAAUCAGUCAAUUUCCAGUUUCCUGUCUUUGCUGACAGUACUUAUGUCACGGGUAUCCAAUGAUUUGGAUGAUGAAGUUUUAAUAAGAUCUGUGCUUAAUCUCAAUGUUUUACUUAUAAUUGACGGGCUAGACGAGUUAAACGCAGCUUCUGAAAAACUGAUAAAGGAAUUAUUUGAUGAAUAUAUACCAAGGAGCAAUGGUAAGCUUCAUAUUUUAGUAACCACAAGGCCUAAUGUACGACCUGACCUACACAAAAUUCUCAGCAAACUGUACACACAAACUGUACACACAAAGAUCAAAGGAAUCGCACAGGAAAAUAGAAAAGAAUUUAUAUUGAAACUUCAUGGUCAAAUUAAACAGAUUGACGAAAGUAAUCAGGACUCCCAGGAAUUAGUUAAUUUUAUGAAACGAUCCGAGGCACGUCUUGGGGAACACUUUCGUUUACCCUUAAACUUGACUCUAUUGACAUAUCUGUGGGCCUGUGGUCCUGAAUAUGUCAACUCCCUGACAACAUCCACAGGUCUAUACAUUGCUUUGCAAGAAAUGACCAUAUCCCGCUUAUCGAGAAGACUUCAAGAUCACAAAGGUGUUGCUACACUUCCUACAGACAAGUUGAAAACCCAUUGUGGAGAGUUCUUAAAAUGUUUAUACAAUGUUUGCUUACAUACUCAUUCCCGUGGACAUAUGCAACUGUCUAGUGACUCCAUAGAUACACUAAAAAACAAAUGUGAGGAUCUAGGAUUACCCUUUAAUGAGAUGUGUUCUGCCUUUCUUGUUGAGGAGAGUGAAUGGACCGCUAAAGGAUUUGAGAAUGAUUUUGUUGUGCCUCACAAGAGUAUAAUGGAAUUUUAUGUAGCCUAUGGAAUUAUGUUGGAUAUUAUUGAGGACAGUCACCUGGAGUCUAUACAAAAAGAUUUCAAAGAAAUGUCAAAGAAAUAUAAUUUUAACAAAGAACAGCGAGAAUGUCUUAAACAGGUAUUGAAUUUGGAAAGACAAAAAGAAGAAAAUAAGACAUUACAAGACAUAAUGAAGAACUAUGGAAAUGACUUUGAUUCAUUAGAGGCAGAAUCAGAGGUAACAGUGGAAAAGACUAAAGUGUCUGAUUAUCAGAAUGUGUACCUGCACCUGAGUGGUCUUUUGGCUCAUAAGCAUCCUGAUGUUUUACAAUCAUAUGCAAAGGAGUUGGUGGUCCUUCUAGAAGAUACUAAGAUGAAGGACGCUCAGUGGCUGGACUUGGUGGUGGAGACUAUGUGUGAUAACAACAUGGCUGCCCUCAUUGCCAAAUACAUAUCAAAGCAACUUGUGGUCCGUGAUGGCCACACUGCAGCAGCACUGAAGAUGUUUGAUCAUUUGGAACCCAAUAUUCCCGUGCAAAUAAUCAUGGAAAAUGAGGUGUGUUACAUCCCCCAACUGGACGAGCUACUUAAUGAACUCUCUGGGAGGAAGUGUGAGGUAGAGUUUUACCUCAAAUAUCAGUUUAAGCACAGUCAUCAGUAUGGCACUUCAGACAGCCUCCUUCAGCGCCUCACCCAGGGCACACGAGAGGAACGAUGCAGAGUAUCACGCUUCACAGGGAACUUGAAAACUCUCACAUCAUUGCCUGAAACAGUACACAACCUGCGCAUCACUUUAUCUAACAAUGAGCAUGCUCAAGUUAUCUGCAGUGAGCUGGAUACAGCUUUCAAGGCCCAAAUAGAAUACCUUGGUGUACAUGUGACGGCUGGAGUUACACCUGACGCAGUGAAGCCAUUGCCGGUCAUUAUGUCCCACAACAAGGAAUGUGCCACCCUCUGGAUGUCAGAUGUAGUAGACGACACGCUGGAUCAGGCUUGUCGCGUGAUCCGUGCACUCCUGCCACCUGGAGGGCAGUACCGAAGCAUCAUGUUUCCUCGUAGCAAGAUAAGCGUGGCCAAGUGCAAGGAGCUACUGACGACGCUGGCAUGCACAGAGGUCAGAGUCAAGGACAAGGGGGGCAUCCGCCUCUCCUCCCCCGACAUUACUAAGACCCAGCUGGACCUCCUCAAGACUAUGACCAAGGAAACACUUAACUGUGUAUUUUAUUGUAGUGGCGAGUCCAGCAUGUGGUGAAGAAGUCCCACUCAGCAUCAUGGGACCGUAAUGAUGAAGGAGUCCCACUCAGCAUCAUGGAACCGUGGUGGUGAAGAAGUCCCACUCAGCAUCAUGGGACCGUAGUGGUGAAGAAGUCCCACUCAGCAUCAUGGGACCGUAAUGAUAAAGGAGUCCCACUCAGCAUCAUGGGACCCGAUGCCUCAACUACGUGUAGCAUCCUGUGACCAACUGUAACCACUGAAUGAAUAUAACCAGUACUGCAUUAUACUGUAUUUAGUGCUCCUGUCCUCCCCUACUGGAGCUUGAGGAGAAGCAAGGCAAAUUCUUUACACUACAGCAUAUUGAACCAGUGGUCUCUGUAGCGGCUACAGCAUAUUGAACUGGUGGUCUCUGUAGCGGCUACAGCAUAUUGAACCGGUGGUCUCUGUAGCGGCAGGUGACUUGAGGAAUGUCACUUCUAUAUUACAUACUAGGAGGGAGACCCGGCUGUACCCGGGUCUCCCUCCCCUCUUUCCCACUACCCUCACCCAUUUCUUCCCAUCCUCCCAGUAUUCCCUUCACCUCUACCACUUUACCCCCUCCUUUACCCUUCACCAUCUUCCCUACCAUUCACCAUCUUCCCUAGCAUUAACCACCUACCAUUGACCACCUUGCCUACCAUUCACAACACCAUUGACCACCUUGCC